CGGAUGAGGUCUCGGGUGGGUGUGAAGAGAACUCUCCAGGUUUCAGAGCAAAGUCUUCACUCGGCGAGUGAGAGGCCGCCCCGUCUUUCCCCUCUCACUUUGCUGGAAUGUUUUCUCAAACUCUCUGGGAGGAGCUUCCAGUGAGCUCCCCUCUGUGUGCAGGUCCAGCAGCCGGAUUGGAAGUUGGAGGAGGAAUAAAGUUCAACUCAGCUUUCCUGUCUGCUGAGGUUUCCACACUUCAUGGAUGUUGUUGGUGGCCUCAGACCAGCUGCUGUUAGAGACAGGACUUCACACUCUCACUUCCAUAUCCCUGUCAAACUGCCUGCCUGUCCUUCAGCCUACUGCCACUAGUCCACCUCCGGACCGACCUGACCCACCCACCCUGCUCUGGCAUGUUGGCUGGGAUGCAGGAGGGGAGCAUGAGGAGUGGAGACCGUAGAUUCUCCACACGUGGCUGCUGCAUCGCACCAGUUGCAGCAUGAUGGUGCCUCCUCACCUCUCUAUCCGUUUGCUGAAGGAGAUGUUCCUGAUGGCGUCACUCAGCUGAAUCUGUGCGCCUGCUGAGAGGAGCCGGUGAUGCUGGUUCACUUCAUUCACGCGUUUAUGAUGUCAUCGCGUUCUGCUCUUUCAUCGUUGACUAAGUCCUGCCCAAGAGCUCAUCCAGAGGAGAGCUGUCAGGCUGCUGGAGCACACUUUGGGACACUCACUCACUGGACCGCAGGGUGAAGAUGAGGUGUUGGGCCGGGCCUCUGGCUGUGCUCACUGCACUCUUUUGGACUCACUGCGUCCUACUGGAUACGGUUGACGGCAAGAAGGAGAGGAAAAGGCAGAAGGAGACCCCCCCACAGCACACAGAGGCCUACAACGCCACACUCUCCAACAGCGAGGAAGUUGGUGCAGGUGCAAAGAUUUCCGAACACCAGCGAGUAGAUCCGCUCGGAUCAUGGAUGGACUUCGUGAAGCGACCGGUUGGAAACUUCCCCGGGAAGUGUCGCAAACGGAAACGACCACUGCCGGGCCCACCAGGUCCACCAGGUCCUCCAGGCCCGCAGGGCCCUCCUGGAUCCCCAGGAGCUGAAGUGACCCAGGAGGUUCUCCUGCAGGAGUUCAAAGUACUGAUCAAAGAGGCUACGGAGAGACGAGCUGCGGACAGACAAACCAGCCCCAGCCAGCUCCCCAGCACUCUCCUCGCCCUGGAGGGGCCGUCCACCCACCGGCGGAUAGAGGAGGCCUUCCACUGCAAGUUGAAGGGCCCUGUGGUGGUUGACAAGAAGACUCUGGUGGAGCUGCAGAACUUCCAGACACCUCCAGCUAAAGGAGCCUUCCUCAGAGGAUCGGGCAUGGACCAGUCCACUGGGAGGUUCACGGCCCCCGUCACCGGGAUCUACCAGUUCUCAGCCAACGUGCACAUCGACCACAACGAGGUGAAGAGGAGUAAAGGUCAGCUGAGGGCCAGAGACAACGUGCGGGUGCUGAUAUGCAUCGAGUCGCUGUGCCACCGCUACACGUCUCUGGAGAUGAUUGUUGGCUUGGAAAGCAACAGCAAGAUCUUUUCGGUCAGCGUCCAUGGGCUGCUGGAGCUUCAGGCGGGGCAGUACACCUCCAUAUUUGUGGACAACGCCGCCGGGGCCUCCAUCACGAUACAGAACGGCUCGGACUUCAUGGGCGUCCUCCUGGGCGUGUAGCGGCUCUCCAGGCUCACGGCGUGGAAUCGCAGUUGACCGUUGGAUUCCUCCUCUUUGCCACGGUGGGAGGUGUGAGGAGGCGGCAGCGUGGUGGAUGCAGACGUGGCUGCCGGGCGUUUUGGAGGACGCAGGACAGAGUUUGUUAUGGCAUCACGCGGCCGCUUUCCGGAGCAGGAGACGGACUACACAGGCUUUUAGGACCAGUCCAGCGUCAGUGUCGACCAAGGUUCAGAGCUUGGUUCAGUGGCACUCACAGCCCACAUUACUGGUCACACUGGAGCCCACACCAGAGUUGCUCACUUAGAAAACAAAUUGUUGCUUCUAUCCUGACAGUUAACUGCCAUAGCCAGCCGAUCACUCCGAAGAUGUUUUAAGGACACAAACGUGUAUAUUUAUAUAUGAUGCGUCUGUUUUCUACUCACAGAGAAAUGUAGUAUUUUUAUUUUCUCACAGCGGAAUCUCCCGGCUGUUGGGCGAGGAGAGUACACUGGAUGGUGAAUAUAUGAGACCUAACAACCUUCGUAUUUAUGUGUUUAGCAGCAUAAAUUAUUAGUUUUCAUCAGUAAAUAGCUUGGAGCCUACACACGAUGGGGUGGUGACGUCGCCAGCUCUCACUAAAUGAAAACGUUUCCAUUUGAUAUUUGACUAAAUGAAGCCCUUGGUGCCUGGUUCAGGUCUGCUGGCCGCUGGCUUUAGCCCGACACAGUAUUCCAGUCCUCAGCUUCUGAGUGUCUGUGUGGUUUUCAGCUGGUCAUCACCCUGGAUAC